GUCGUUAAUCUUCCAGUUUCGGAGCUCUCGAGCUAGAGACAUCAUCAGGCGGCAUCAUGGAGAAGUUAGUGUUUGUGAUGAUUUCUCUACUUGAUGUUCUGAUGUGUUUGGGCACCGGUCAGCAUCAUUUACGCACGCGUGUUGGACCGUGGAGACACAGGAUUCAGUGGGAAAAUAACGGUCAGGUGUACAGUUUACUGAGCACCGGGACUCAGUACCGUUUACCUGCGCAGACUAGGAGACGCACUCAGCUCUUAUUGACAACAACAAAUAGUUUUAACCAAGUUAACCCUCCUGUUGCGCUCACCAGAGCCAGAUCUUCGGAACUCCAAGACGCAACCGCAAAACACUCUCAGCAAAACAACCACGUUCAAAUGGAUGCAUCGGUACUUGGGGCAGACUCUGACCAUUAUGUACUCGACCCAGGACGUCCUGGAAGACGCGGUCAGUCCCCACCGCAUCGCGGAACCACGAGAGAGGCGGCGGGGUACCGUUCACACCAGGCAUCGUCUAACGGCAGUGCAGCCGCUUUCCCUGCCAUCCAAGAGUUCUCCGGCAGCGGUGUCCCUCGAGGAGGCCGGAGUACACCUGUAGAUGACUCGGGUGCGCAACAGGUCAACACGUCAACGAUAAGGUCACCGAGCUUUGCGCACAUUAGAUCUGAGAACUCGGAUUCCAUUGCACGGUCACCUUCCACAUCUAUAAUGGUCACCACUGCUGAGGAUAGUGGGAAUGCGCGUCGCAUCCUCCAGCAGACGAGUUUAGAAGGCUCAAGGAGUGGCCCCACUGUGCACAGAGCGCACUCUUUGACCAGAAUCACGCCAGAGGCGAAUGUUUCUCCCACAGCGUUGUCCAGCAACGCUGUAGAAAUACAUUUUCCUCGUAGAAGUUUGGAAACACCGCGCACCACGGACGCGAGUGACCCCAGAGAUCCACACAGUAUUCAUCACAGGAAUUCAGUUUUCUAUAAUAUUUACCCACCAGACCGCACAAACAGAGUCACUGGGCGUGCUCCACCAGGAACGGGCUAUGGCACCAGGUUCUUCCACAAUGGACUGCCAGACUUGGUUCCUGACCCCUACUACAUCCAAGCAGCCUCUUACAUCCAGAAAGUUCAGAUGUAUGCACUUCGCUGUGCUGCUGAAGAGAACUGCCUUUCCAGGUCUGCGUAUCAUCCGAGUGUGAGUGACCUCGAGUACAGAGUUCUGCUGCGGUUCCCACAGCGAGUGAAGAACCAGGGAACGGCAGACUUCCUCCCAGUGAAACCCAGACACGAAUGGGAAUGGCACAGCUGUCACCAGCAUUACCACAGUAUGGAGGCUUUCAGUAACUAUGACCUACUGGACGUCUCCACUGGACACAAGGUUGCUGAGGGACACAAAGCCAGCUUCUGUCUGGAGGACACAUCGUGUGACCCAGGAGUACGACGACGCUUCGCCUGCACCACUCACACACAAGGCCUUGGCCCUGGUUGCUAUGAUACAUAUCAUGCCAACAUCGACUGCCAAUGGAUUGACAUCACUGACGUGCCGCCUGGAAAUUAUGUACUGAAGGUGACAGUGAACCCUUCUCAGCUCGUCCAGGAGUCUGAUUUCUCCAACAAUGAGGUGAGGUGUGACAUUAGGUACACAGGAAGCUACGUCCAGGCGAGGAAUUGCAGGAUCUUUGUGAGCUGACCUGAUUAAUGACCCUAACCGUCACACAGAAACAUAUUCAAUACUCUUUGGUUGCUCUUAACGUGCAGGUGCUGCUGUGUUAGUGCAGGUUUGUUUGCUUCUAUAUAAAUGAAUCUUUGUAUUUAUGUCUCAUAUUGAUUCUACAGCCAAGCUGGAUAGACCUUUACACUUUCUUAUUUAUAUGAAUACCAAAGUUUAAGUGGAUUUUUAAGCAAUGCAAGACUGUACUGUUAAAGUAGCUGCAUUAAGCUGAACCAUACAACUGGAAAAGACAGUGGUGCUCUGCUCUAGGAAGUCUCAGUCUGACAUUAACAGUGUGUGGGUGAUUUCAUAGGGUAAAAUCCAAAUACUGUCAUUCAUGCAUCUUUUUAAUGGAGCAUGAAUGAUUCUGUGCACAUAUUUACAGGCCUUGCAUAAAAUGGAUUUUGAACGAUGUUCUGAGUUUAUAUUAUAUUUUAUAAUAAAGUUUGUUUGGAUUUUUGAAA